AUGAAGGUCACCUCCCUCCUGUCCUGCGUCCUCGCCGGCGGCGCCCUCUCUGGGUCUGUCUUUGCGGCCGGCGGCCUCCAGGACAGCGAUCCCAACAACGUUCGCGCUGCGUCUGUUUACAUUCAUCCCGUCGGCGCCGCCGCGACCGCUUCAAAACCGCACGCGCCCGCGCUGCUCGCCGAGAUCCGCUAUGACGUCCACGACCCAUCCACGGCCGAGGUCGUGGCCUACGAGCCACCCGAGGACGGUGCCGAUGACGGUGCCGACGCCCAGGACGACGCAGGACGCCUCUACCGCGUCGGGCUCUACGACCCCAAGACCAAGCAGUGGCUCGCCGGUACCUCCGUCGCGGCCGCCAGCAACUUUGCCAAGGGCUACAGCCCACAUUUUGUCCUGACGGUUGCGGCCCCUGCCGAGCUUACCUCGUCGUCGUCGUCAUCGCCACCAUCGUUGCCGGCGUGGUCCUAUCUAGGUGUCAGCGUGCGCGGCCUGGCCAUUGAUGCCGGCGCGACGCGCGACUUUGGCCCGCAGGCGACGGUGGUGGUGGCGGGCAAGGGCGCGACGCCUGUGCUGAACCGGCCCGUGGUGCUGAGCACCGAGGGCAAGAAGGCGGAGCCCGCAGAAGAGAAGACGUUUUUGCAAAAAUACUGGUGGGUCAUUGGCACAGCUGUCGUGCUGGCCGUCACGUCCGGCGGCGGUGGCGAGGAGUCGAAAUAA